CUUUCUUUCAGAGCUGACUGUUAAUUAACUACAACGGAGAAGUAUUGAUUACCUUCAUUCUGUGGGCUGUAAUUUUCAGAUGGAAAUGCCAAGGGCACAGAGAACAGUUUGAAGAGGAGAGGAUGGACUGAAAGACAACAUUUUGUCUGAAGGUGUUCAGGCUUCAGACAAGGGUCUGAAGCACCGCCAGCUGACCAGACUUCUACUCCCUUGUCCCCCGGCAGUUCCCGGACUUGCAGGUCAUAGUUUUGCCUCUUUCCACCGUCUCUCUGCAGCACAGAUGAAAAUGGCAAGUUCCUUAAAUUUCCCUCUGCUCGACCUCUUUGUCUGCCUCGUCUUGGUCCAGCUGCUUACCCCUUGCUCAGCUCAGUUUUGUGUGAUUGGACCCCCUGGCCCCAUCCUCGCCAUGCUGGGUGAAGACGCUGAUUUACCAUGUCAUCUUUCCCCGAAGAUGAGUGCAGAGACCAUGGAGCUAAUGUGGGUGAGAUCCAGCCUUAGGGAGGUAGUAUAUGAGUAUGCAAAUGGGAAGGAGGUAGAAGAGAAUCAGAUGGCAGAGUAUCAAGGGAGAACUUCGAUUUUAAGAGAUGGCAUCACUGAAGGGAAGGCUACUCUCCGAAUUUAUGAUGUCACAGCCUCUGACAGUGGAAGAUACCUGUGUUAUUUCCAAGAUGAAAACUUCUAUGAAAAAGCCAUGGUGGAGCUGGAGGUUGCAGCAUUGGGUUCUGAUUGUCACAUUGAAAUGAAGGGUCAUGAGGAUGGAGGGAUCCAUUUGGAUUGCAUGUCCACUGGCUGGUAUCCUCGACCCGAAAUACAGUGGAUAGACGCCAAGGGAACAGACAUGCCAGCUGUGCCAGGACCUUUGGAGUUGGACGGAGCAGGUCUGUAUGCAGUCGCAGCAUCUGUGAUCGUGAAAGAUGACUCUGAAGACGAGGUAUCCUGUAUCAUCAGAAAUCCCCUCCUCAGGCAGGAAAAGUCAGCCAGGAUUUCCAUUGCAGACCCCUUCUUCUGGAGAGCCAGGCCCUGGAUAGUAGCCUUGGCUGGGACCCUGCCUGUCUUGCUGCUGCUUCUUGCGGGGGCUGCUUACUUCCUCUGGAAACAGCAGCAGGUGAUAGAGAGAGUGCAAGCAGAAAAGGAAGAGGAACGAUGGGCAAGAGAGUACCUCCAGCGUAUACUGAGUAAGUUCAGAUUCCCCGAGGGGUCCACCAUGGCUCGGUAUCUCUGCCUUAAGCUGCUUCAUGACACUUCAGGUUCCUUCCAUUGCAGAUGUGGAUUGAAGUCUCUGGACUAUGAUGAAUGGAAGAUGGCCCUCUUCCAAGCUGCGGAUGUGAUUCUGGAUCCAGACACAGCAAACCCCAAUCUCCUUGUUUCUGAGGACCAGAGGAGCUUGCAGUGGGUGGACCAACGACAGAAUCUGCCAGACAACCCUAACAGAUUUGAUUCGCAUUACUCUGUGCUUGGCUGCGAGAGCUUCACAUCAGGGAGACAUUUCUGGGAGGUGGAGGUGGGAGAUAGGAAAAACUGGCAUGUCGGGGUGUGCAUGGAGAAUGUGGAGAGGAAAUACUCCAUUUGUAGAGCACCCAAAAAUGGAUUCUGGACUAUGGAGCUGUCUAAUGGGGAAGACUAUCAAGCUCUCACUCACUUCAGGACCAAGCUGACAAUUGCCAACCCUCCUCAAAGAGUGGGGGUUUUCCUGGACUAUGAGAUUGGUGAGGUCUCAUUCUACAAUGCUGUGGAUGGAUCUCAUAUCUACACGUUCCCGCAAACCUCCUUCUCCGGGCCUCUGUGCCCUAUUUUUGGAAUUUCAACACUAGAUCCCACUGCCUUGACCAUUUGCCCAGCACUGACCUGAAUGCAGAGUUCUCUUGUUACUGACCUAGUGUCAGAGCUUUCCCUGGAGACCCCAGGCACCCUGGGCUCUGCUGAUUGGAAGGGACUCUAAGGAUGAAGUAACAUCCUAGCUUCCCCUUGCCCAGCGUGGAGCUGAGGGCCUCCUCCUUCAUAGCAACACAUCACAACAAUGAAAUACUUGCUAAAUGCACACACUGUGUGAAGCACUUCACUCAUAUUAAUUCCAUUAUUCCAUAUGACAGUUGAGUUUGGUACCACUUUAUUGUCUCCCUUCUAUAGAUAAGGAAACAGGGAUGCAGAAAAUUGAAUUAACUUUCCCAAGGUGACUCAGCAGUGAAUGACAGUUAGAAUUUGAACAAUAAUAACUAAAAUGUAUAGAUAACUGAAAAUGUACUGGGUGUUGUGCUAAAUGGUUUAAGUGACUGUUACUCAUUUAACCCUUACAAAAACCCUGUGAGGUAGUCUCAUUUUGAGAAUGUGGAAACUGAGGCAGGCCCAAGUGAAGUAACUUAUAUAAUUCACACAGAAAUUUGUGCUGCUGGGAGAAGUUAAGCCCCUGUCCUACCUCCUGGCCCUACCCUGUUCUUUUCCUGUCCUGUUUUCCCCAAGGUACUAUAAGCAGCCCUGAGUCUUGCUGCUCAGGGCACCCCAGGGUGAGGCUCACUGUAGGUGACUAUGGAGGCCACAUCCCCACUUGGUACCUUCAAAGUUGAUUGUCAGAGCCAUAGGUCUGGCACUUCAUUGGGUUGAGUGUGCAGGGCGAUGUGGUCCAGAGAGUGAAUUCACAGGGACUGCAUCAUACAGGAUGUGAAGGGAUUAGAGACCAAACCCUUCACUAACAAUGGGCACAUGAGUACUCACUCUGUCAAUGUGAUGCAUGAUUAAGGAGCCAGAACCAAUCUUCCUACUUUGAAGUUCUCUACAAGCCUAAAUUAACACCUAAAGAUUGUCUAUGGAAUAACAAUUUGGGAGGACAGAAGCUAGAUGAACUUAAGUGGUAUUUUUAUCAACACUGUAGACUCCAUCUCCAGGAAAGGGAUAUUUCCGCCCAUGAUCAUGCAUUGAUGUCAGUGGAUGUUCCUUUGUACUGAUGGAUACUGGGGAAAGGCUACUCUUCAUUAUCAUCACUGUUAUUGUUCACCACGGUAUCCACUCUACUCAGCAUGUGGUUGUCAAGUUACAUUUCUUAAAUAAAAUUAUUAAUAAUCUUCACUCUUCAACUG